AGAAGACGCAAUGAUAAAAAGUGGUGCAAGUAACUUAACUUGGUCUGAGUUUCCGAUGAUUUUCUCUGUCUCUCUCCUCCGCCUUUAAGAACCGCAUCGUUUCCCGAGGAUUGGUAAAAAGCCCUGAGGAGGAAGGAUUUGAUGCGAUUAUUUGACGAGCUAGCUAGACUCGGAUGCUCAGCUCGUGUUUAUUAUAUAAGAUCUAAAGCCUCAGUCGUCUGUUGAUCAAGUAGGAGCCAAGACAAUGUUGAAGAGACAUCGCUCCCGUGAAAACCAAACAAAGAAAAGACUUUGCUUGAGUCUGGAAUUCUUACCACACGAUCUUGUAGAGCUCAUCCUCCAGAGACUUCCUGUGAAACCUCUGCUGAGAUUCAAGUCUGUAUCCAAGAACUGGAAAUCGACAAUCGAGUCCCAACGGUUCCAAGAAGGAAACUUGAUCUGUAGUAGGCAAGCUCUAGGUCCAGAUGUUCUUUUGAUGUCCCUCUGUGAAAAAGGUGAUGCUGGUCUGAGCGGACAUGCACGAACAGUUAUGUUCAGUUUAGCAACAGCUUCUAAGGUUAGGUUCCCUUUUUCGGGUAGCAUGUUCUGCUAUGGUCAUUGUGACGGUCUAGUAUGUUUCUACUGUGUCUAUGCACCGAGUUUCGUGAUGAAUCCCGCCACUAAAUGGCAUCGAAGUUUUCCUCUUUCCGGCUAUCAGCAGUUGGUCAUCGAGAGGUACAACAGGUUAUAUUUUAAAUUCAUAAGUUUUAAGCUUGGACUCGGUAGGGACAAAUUCAGGGGCAUAUACAAGGCGGUUUGGUUAUAUAGUUCAUCCGAGUACGGACUAGACAACGUUACCACUUGUGAGCUUUUCGAUUUUAGUACCAACGCUUGGAGGUACGUUUUCCCUGCUUCUCCUUAUCGGAUAAGUGCUUAUAAUAGACCCGUGUAUUUAGAUGGAUCUCUUUAUUGGCUCACCGAGUGCAAAGAAACCAAGGUUUUAUCUUUCGAUGUUCACACCGAAACUUUUCAAGUCCUAUGUAAAGCUCCCUUUGGCCACCUAUCAAACCCUUGCAACCAAACCAUUUGCAUCCUCAACGACCGCUUGUGCGUAUCUUUGAAAAACUGGCCCAUGCAAGUAAUAUGGUCGUUCGAUUCUUCGGGUGGCAGCAAUACAUGGAAGAAAAUGUGUUCGAUAGAUCUCACCAAAACUUUUCCUUGGUUUAGGAAACCGGAAUUCGCGCUAUUACCAAUCGCUGUAAGGGAGAAGAAAUGGUUAUUGCUUCAGGGUCGUGAUUUUUUGGAUCCAGUGGUGAUAUAUAAUCUCCAUAGCAAAUCUUAUAGAUUAUUCUACAAACCUAGAGAACCCGUCGGUCCUGUUUAUUACUUGCAAAGUUUAUUCUCUGCUUAAUGAAACUUAUUUGUCUUUCUUUUCUUAACACCAAUGAACCAUUGUACUUCAAACAAUUUUUUUUUUCUCUUAUAGCUUUUUUUUGCUGUUUUCA